GGCCGAGGGGCACCCCCGCGCUGGUGGGAGGGUAAGUCACCCUGCCUGCGGACUGGAGUCUGCAGAAGGAGGCGCCCUGUUGGCGGGAGGGCCAAGGAGGUGGGUCUUGAUAGGGAUACUGUGAACUGAGCCGAGGGCUUGGAAAGUCUCCCCAGAACCAGCAAAUGGGGGGCAUUUGGGCUCAUGUUCAGUGGAACACUAAUUUCCUACAGACUUCCAUGGAAAUGGACAGACAGACGUCCCCAGCUUAGGGACAGGAUCGAUCCGUACGGGUUUGAAAGGCCUGAGGACUUUGAUUAUGCAGCUUAUGAAGAAUUUUUUUCCACCUAUCUGGCGAUACUCACCAGAAGAGCCAUAAAAUGGUCCAAACUGCUAAAGGGAGGCGCUGGUGUCCAGAAGAGUGUGACACUGAAGCGCUACAUCCGGAAGGGCGUCCCGCUGGAGCACCGGGCCCGCGUCUGGAUGGGGGUGAGCGGAGCCCAGGCCCAGAUGGACCAGAACCCCGGCUACUACCUCCAUCUCCUCCAGGGAGAGAAGGAUGACAGCCUGGAGGAGGCCAUCAGGACAGACAUGAACAGGACCUUCCCUGACAACGUGCGGUUCCGGAAGGGCUCGGACCCCUGCUUGCAGAGGACCCUGUACAACGUGCUGCUGGCCUACGGGCACCACAACCGUGGCGUGGGCUACUGCCAGGGAAUGAACUUUCUAGCGGGCUAUCUGAUUCUGGUGACAAGGAGUGAAGAGGAGUCCUUUUGGCUGUUGGACGCCCUUGUUGGCAGAAUACUCCCGGAUUACUACAGCCCCUCGAUGCUGGGCCUGAAGACGGACCAGGAGGUCCUCGGGGAGCUGGUAAGGACCAAGCUGCCGGCGGUGGCGGCCCUGAUGGACAGUCACGGCCUGCUGUGGACCCUGGUCGUGUCGCGCUGGUUCAUCUGCCUGUUUGUGGACGUCCUGCCCGUGGAGACCGUGCUUCGCAUCUGGGAUUGUCUGUUCAACGAGGGCUCUAAGAUCAUCUUCCGGGUGGCGCUGACCCUCAUCAAGGAACAUCAGGCCUUGAUCUUGGAAGCCACCAGCGUCCCCGACAUCUGCGAGAAGUUCAAGGACAUCACCAGAGGGAGCUUCGUGACCGAAUGCCACACCUUCAUGCGGGUAAAAACGCAACCAAAAUGCAAAGAGAUUUGUGCAGUGUAUGGAGAAGGCGCUGUGACUGCUGGAACGUGCCAAAGUGGUCUGCGAAGUUCCGUGCUGGAGAUUUCUCGCUGGACGAUGCUCCACAGUCGAGUAGACCAGUUGAAGUUGAUAGCGAUCAAAUCGAGACAUUAACUGUGAACAGUCAAUGUUAUACCACGUGGGAGACAGCCGACAUCCUCAAAAUCUCCAAAUCAAACAUAAAUCAUUUGAACCAGCUUGGUUAUGUUAAUUGCUUUGAUGUUCGGGUUCCACGUAAGUUAAGUGAAAAAAAACCUUCUUGACCAUAUUUCCACAUGCAAUU